GCGGCGCUGUCAAACGCGGCGAGCGAGCGGCAGCAGAGACGGCAAGUAUAGCGGGGGAGAGAGAACGCGCGCAACCGGUGACGGGAUUUUAUUCUAAGACGCACUGACAUUUAGCGCCAACUUUGGGGAGACGUUGUGCGCGGAUACCGGAGCGACCUUCCCCUCCAUCCGUGACUCCCAGCGCCCCGGUGCCGCCACCGGCUGAGCUCCAUGUAUAAAAUGGAUUACUCCUACCUGAACUCCUACGACUCGUGCAUGGCCGCCAUGGAAGCGUCGGCCUACGCGGACUUCAGCUCGUGCAGCCAGGCCAGCUCGUUCCAGUACAACCCCAUCCGGAGCGGACCCUUCACCAACCCGGCCUGCACCCCGCUCAGCACGGCCAGCUGCACCCUGGGAGCCCUCAGGGAGCACCAGCCCACACCUUAUUCGUCAGUCCCUUACAAAUUCUUCUCAGACCCCUCGGGCCUGAACGAGAAACGGAAGCAGAGGCGAAUCCGGACUACAUUCACCAGUUCCCAGUUGAAGGAGCUGGAGAGGGUCUUUGCCGAGACCCACUAUCCGGAUAUUUAUACCCGAGAGGAGCUGGCUCUCAAGAUAGAUCUGACAGAAGCCAGAGUACAGGUGUGGUUUCAGAACAGGCGUGCCAAGUUCCGCAAGCAGGAGCGUGCCGCCAACGCCAAAGCCAACAGCUCUGGUGCAGGGGGCAACACGAGCAACUCCGGCUCGGGAGGGAAGAAAGGCGGCGAGACCAGAUCUUCAUCGGACGACGACGAGUCCAAAGAAUCCACCUGCAGCCCCACUCCCGACAGCACGGCCUCUCUGCCGGGCUCGGCUAACGGCAACCUGGGCAGCCCCUCCAGCCUGAGCCCCAGCCCGGCCCCGGCCAACGGCGGCUAUGUCAACGCCUCCGCCUCUCCGGUGCUGCAGGGGCUCAAGGCGGCUGGCUGGUCCAGCCUGGGGCCAUCCAACCCAGCCGUGGCCCAGCCCGCCGCCCAGACUCAGGAGAUUCUGAAGGCCUGGCAGCCGGCGGACAGUAUGACGGGGCCUUUUGCCGGAGUCCUGUCCUCCUUUCACAGAAAACCCAACGCUGGCAUCAAGACGAACCUGUUCUGAAGCACAGAUGGAGACACAUUGAAGACAGAUGUUCUUCCCUGACAGCCUGGACGCAAACGGCCGCCAAUCUGACUCCAAACCCAUCAAAAUCCACAUUUCAUCGAGGACACUCAAUCUUGCCUUCCAACACAUACACAUACACAUGCACUACACAUCAGAGCUCAUGAGCAUGUCGAUCAGGUACGAACGAGCCCUAAGCAGAAUUCCAAACAUUGAGCAACUAACAACACACAGCUCCAGCAUAAGGAAGAGGAGCCCCUCAAUCCAAUUAGAAAGACCCUCGAUUCAUGGCUUCCUCCCUCCUUUACUGUAACAAGUCCGGGCCGUGACCUCCCUCUGUGACUCCUGGUGCUUUCAGGCCCAUUCUGCCUUGCCUCACUAAACACUGGCCACUUUGUUCCCAAAGCAGAAAGGAGAACAACUUGAGGCCGCUUUGCAUCGGCCAAAGAUUCCCGCCUAAGCUCGUCUUUCAAGUACUUAUUACAGACCUGCGGGGAUUUUACUCGUUCGGGACGUUUGGGGUGAU